UGCGCAGUUUAAUACAAAUAUGUCUGAAAACGGGAAGGAACGAACGACUGUCGUUACUGCCGAUCUUCUGAGACGCGAGAGCGGCCAAUUUGAUUUGGCAGCUGGAAUUCUUCACAUUGAGUUGUGUAGUCGAGGUUUUCAAGACAUCAGUGUACUCAGUCAAUGUGUUGGGUUACUGAGACUGGAUCUGUGCGACAACUUAAUAAGUGGUAUAUCAGCAUUAGCACCUCUUACAAAUUUGCAAUAUCUUAACAUUGCAAGAAACAGACUCGAGACUUUGGAUGGUAUUGAAAGUAUGGAAGUGCUUCGGUACUUAAAUGCGGCUGGAAACAGUUUAAUGAGUUUUUCUGGUCUGGAACCUCUCCGAGGAAAACGGGAGUUACGAACCAUUAUUUUUCAUGAGAGGUCACAAGAGACUAUAACUAAUCCUGUGUGUCGACUUCCAGGGUAUCAAACUGAAGUUCUAAAGUUAGUACCACAGCUGACUGUACUGGAUGGAGAACACCUUAGUGGUCCUGCAAAGGAACUCUUUGAUCUCUUUCGAGAGCUGGACUCCAAAGUACCAGGUGUAGCUGAUGCUCACUGCUCUGCUGUUAGUCAACCAGAACCGUUUCUUCCUGAUGGAUUUUUGGACAAGAAACUGAAUGCUAAAUCAGAUCUCGAUGAUGAAAUCGAUAAGGAAAGGCAGCAGUUUGAAGUGCUAAUGAACGAGUGUAAGAAGUUGGACAAGGAAGCAGCGACACUCGUACUGAAACUACAGACUGAUGACGAGAGUACUACUAGCACAGAAUUUUUAUAACAUACAUCGACUUUGAUUAUGUGUACAGAAUGGAAUCAAAGCUGUAAACAACUAGUGUAAAAUAUAUCUUGAGAUACGAGAGGAUGA